GAUAUUUUUCUAAAUAUGACUAGGAAAGCUUUAACGACAUUUACUUUAAAAUAGAUGAAGUGUAACAAUCUUCAUUUAGGAGAAGAGAGGAAACUUCCUCUUGGUCAAAAACAAUGACACUAAUAGUAAGAUUGUAUUUGGUAAAAGAGUGUCGCAGUUUCCCUUUGAAUAAUUGGUAAUGUUGAAUUCUAUGCUACAUUUUAAAAUUAUUUUUAAUAUUAUAUACUUUACACAAUUCUAUGCAUUUUAUCCACCUAUCUAAAAGUUCUCUAUCACCUUUUUCUUAUUGAGGAAUAUGCUUUAGGCACGUAACUUACACUCCAAAAGACCAAAACCAUAAUCACUAUCUCCAUUCCUCAUACUAUAUAUUCAAAAUAUGCAUUCAUUCAUAUGAGUGAGUAUAUCACAACAAAUAUUUUCUAUAAUCCAUUUCAUUUCAAUCAUCAUGACUAAAUAUGAGGUAGUUUUCAUCUCUACACCAACCAUUGGAAACAUGGUUCCAACUGUUGAGUUUGCUAACCAUCUAACCAAACACCACCCUCAACUCUCUGCAACCAUUCUCGUUAUCACGAUCCCAAAACUACCGCUCGUUAACACUUACCUCCAAUCUCGUUCUUCGUCAUCUACUAAUCUCCAUUUCAUCCACCUCCCAACCGUAGACCCUCCUGCACCCGAUCAAUACCAAUCCUUUAUCGCUUACAUCUCCCUCCUUAUACAGAAACACAAAACCAACAUCAAAAAUACACUCCUCGACCUCAUAAAAACCGACUCGGUUAAACUCGCUGCUUUGUUUGUUGAUAUGUUCUCCACCACCAUCAUCGAUGUAGCUAAUGAGGUCUCCGUCCCUUGCUACCUUUUCUUUGCGUCGCCUGCGAGUUUCCUUGGAUUCACGCUCCACCUUCCGAAACUCGAAUCGGUUGAAUCAGAAACUGAGUUUGAAAUUCCGAGUUUUAGAAACCCGAUUCCAAAACAAGUUUUGCCUAACAUGGUUUUGAAAUGGAAAUCCGAAGAAGACGCUUAUUCGUGGAUUUUGUAUCAUGCGGGAAGGUAUAGAGAAACAAAGGGUAUCGUGGUAAAUACGUUACAAGAGCUUGAACCCUACGCUCUUCAAUCACUUUAUGAUGAUUCGCAGCUUCCACCGGUUUACACAAUUGGGCCGGUUAUUGAUCUUGUUGGACCGGCUGAAUGGGAUCCAAACCCAGUCCAAUAUAAUUAUAUAAUGGAGUGGCUCGAUUUGCAGCCUCUUGCUUCUGUGGUUUUUUUAUGUUUUGGUAGUUUGGGAAGUCUUGAAGUCAAACAGGUUGAGAAAAUUGCUAUUGGUCUUGAACGUGCUGGGGUUAGAUUUUUAUGGGCUUUACGUGGACCUCCGAAGGCCCAGUCAGCGGACCCAAGAGAUUACACAAGUUACGACAAUGUUCUACCGGACGGGUUUUUGACACGGGCUGCGGGGAUGGGUAUAGUUUGUGGGUGGGUCCCACAAGCGAAGGUUCUGGCCCACAAGGCCGUGGGUGGAUUCGUCUCGCAUUGUGGUUGGAACUCGAUAUUGGAGAGUUUGUGGUAUGGUGUGCCAAUUGCUACGUGGCCGGUGUAUGCAGAGCAACAAAUGAACGCGUUUCAAAUGGUUAGAGAAUUGGGAUUAGCAGUGGAGAUUAGGUUGGAUUAUCGUGUGGGUGGAGAUUUGGUACAGGCAGAAGAAGUUGAAAAUGGUGUUCGUACAUUGAUGAACCUUAGUGAUGAGAUUAGGAGGAAGGUAAAAGAUAUGAGAGAAAAGUGUAGAGUUGCUUUGAUGGAGAACGGAUCGUCUUAUACUAACCUUAUGUCUCUGAUUCAAGAGUUGACAAAAUGAUCGACCCGUGUUAGAUAUAUCUUUUAGUCUAAAAAAACAUACUAGAUAUAUAUCAGUAGAAUUUUGAAUCUUGUAGGUUUAGGUUAUAUAGAUUUGGAAUCAAAACUGGGUUGGGUAAUGCUUCUAUGCAAGCUGAACAAGCCUAUAUUGUACUCUUUCUACAUAUGAAUGAAAUGAUUUGUUCACUAUAAAUUUAUUUAUUUUUU